AGAUGACGGUUAGCUUGUUUAACGAGCAUUUCAAAAACAAUUUAUAUUAUUUUGUUUUUUUAUUGGAUGACUAAAUAUAAAUACAUGAGCUUAAGUGGUAUGAGGUAUUUUCAAGUAAUUUGAUUUUCAAUUGCGGUAAAGAUAUAUUGUUAUUUUACUUACCGUACACUUUUCACUCCUUGGGUCACCACCAAUUUAUUAAAAAGACGGAUAAUUUUCUAAAAUUAUCCAUUUUUACAAAUUGUGUCAAUAACCUAUAUAAAAAACAAAGAACUGCAUAAGAAAGGCGACAGACUUAAGGUUUUUUACUGGACAUACAAAAAGAAGAGAAGACUGAAAUGAAUGGAAUAAAAUAUUGUAAAUGUUUUUGGUUUUUAUAUGUUUCCCACUUCGCCAUGUUGUCCAUCAAAGCAACAAAAAGGGAAAGAAACGAUUCUCAAACCUGCAUUACAGAGUGGACACCGCGAAACAUCGAUAAAUAUGUAAUGCUUUUUGAGAUUGAAUGCAGAAGUGAAAUCACAAAUAUAUUGUGGAAGAGAAACAUUACUGCGAACCAGCCUGUGUCCUGUGGUAAUGUCAGUACAUCACAAGUGCAUUCAGUAAUAAUUCGAAGAGUAUUUAUGAAAGAAAAGGGUGGACAACUAUUGUAUAACCCUGCGUUAAACAGAAAUGAUCAGGAAAAAGAUAACACUACUCUAGUUAUAUUAUCGGCUGCUGGAACCUUUGUGGGGAUGUGUAUUAUGCUGCUUAUCGUAGUUUUAUAUAUGCACAAGAAAAAUGAAGCAAAGAAUGUUGAGCCAACUAAUUUGGAAUCUCAAGACAUUGUAAUCGAUACAACUGAUAAAAAAGUGGAAGUCCAAGAUAGCCAUAUUUAUAAAGAAUUGAACAUCCAAGAUAUUAAACAAGACAUCUACUACAAGUUAACACCUCCUAUAAACAUACGAAGCAAAGGACGUUUUCAACUUCAGUACUCGCAUGGCAAAUUAAAAUCAUUUAAAAAAAGCUCUACCAAAAGCUUGCAUCAUUAUGAAGUUCAAGAACCUGUUUCACCUAAAAAUAUUGAAGAUGAUGCGUGUGAUUAUGUAAACACGUCAUCCUGCACGACAGACUGAGAUUAAUCUUUAUUUUCACCAUUAACCACCAAUGCGGAAGAUCAUGACUUCAAUGCUUGGUUACUUAAAUUUAAUAUUUCUUUUUUGAUACUUUGUACAUAUUGUCAGAUAAUUUAAUUGAGAAACUUUAUAAAAGUAAGUAAAUUAUUAGGAAAACGUACGUACGAAUUGGCGUAUUUAUGUUAAUCACAGGAGAACGUGAUCCUGAAACUUUUGGUAGCUGAUGCUCUUUCAUUUUAAAUUGCAAAGACCAAAAAAUUUUAUUGGAAAAUGUUCAAGCAUAUGGUAUGUCUUGCCUAUUCUCAAACGUUUUAUGAAUUUCUUGAUACAUUGGUAAUUUCUUUCAUCAAAGUUUUUAUUUGAAAUUGUUGAAACCAUUAUCGGAAUGUUAUAAAUAGUUCGCUCAUUCACACUUCUAUGUUUUUUUGUUUUGUUUUUGCGUGGGGGUUUGGCUCCCUUUUAAAAUUAUUUUUAUGAUAUAAAUCAGUAAUUGUAGCUAGGCAACAAAAAAUGCACUAAAUAAAUGAUUUCUUAUUAAAAACUCGUACAAACCUUUCACGGUUUGUUGUCCAACUGGCUCUUGAAAUUAAUUUCAUAUUUUUAUAUUUUUGAUAUAGAGACCCAGGCCCAUUUCAUGAAAAAUAAGGGGUGAGAUAUUGACUUUUAUGGGGUACUUUUGGAACAACUUUAUGGAAUCUGUAUUCGCUUUACAACUUCAUUUUCAGAACUUAGACAUUUUAAAAGACAGCAUUAAUAUAUUUUUGACAAGGACAUAUUUUCAAUCAACCAUAACUCAACCCGUAAUAAGCAACUUUCCACUAAAAAGCCUGGCAAAUUUUCCUAAGCAUCCUCUUCACAUAUGUACAGAAUCUUUGACUUUUGCUCACUUUUGAUACUGAAUAUUUCCGUUAAGAGAGUUUUAAUACGGAACCAAAGACAAAUAGUCUGGUUUAGUGUAUCGAGACCAAACUAUGAAUUCAAAUGCAAAGAUGAAAUCCGUUGUAAACACAAAAUUAAUCACUUGAAAAAACAUAAUAUACCUUUAGUAUAUAUUUGCGUUUUCCAUUGGUUUUUACUUUUUAACU